AUGCUUCGAGCCUUCCUAGCUGUGUCUGCGGUGUCCUUUGCCUUGGUUCUGAUCUACAAAGGGCAGCUUUCCUCGGUCGACUUGGUACCGAAGUCUCCUCUGAAGCUGGUCCCCCUUCCCUCUGGUCACACCUGUAGUCACCCCGAGCUCCCAUCUCGGCAAGGGAUGCACUACUGUAACGACCCCCGUAGGGGUGUCUCGGGUACUCUCUGUCCUAUCAACAACUGCGAAGCUGACUGUAAGGCAGAUCCUUUCUGUCGGGAGGAGCGGUCGCGCUAUCGCCUUCUCGAUGCUACUUCGACCUCUGCUGGUUUGGUUCAUGUCAGAGUCGCUGGUCCCUUGCGACUAAGCUUGGUUACGGGUAAGCUCAGCUGUAGUGAUGAACUUUUCGGCGUUCUGAGGGGUCCUGCUAUUCUGCCCCUCGACUUCACCAUAUCGAGCCCCGUUGUUGUUGGUACAGACUGUCACUAUACAGCAGCCGCGCAGCUAUUGGUCGGUGGGAAGUACUUUCUCUCGGUGUCGGUUGAGCGUUUAGCUGACUCUGCUUCUCUAGAGCCGGACGUUUCCCUACCGAACCGGUCUCGGGUGUGUUGGAAGGUGGCGAGGAAUCCUACGAGGGUGGCCUCGCUGGAUAUGUUCUGGCCGUUGAACGCAACUGCUGUGUAUUUGGGUGCUGAGGUACUCCCACGGCUUAGUCGUUUGGAUGUUGUGGAGUUGCCCACCUCCAUCGACUGCGGUAGACUUGUCGGAGCUCAGUCACAGUGGGUACACUACUCUGUGAUGGAGAGGGCGGUCAAAGAAUGCAAAUUGGUGAUUGGAGACUAUGACUAUUCUGAUAAUUACAUUUGGUUCAAUCCUAGGGCGAAGCCGUUCCUCGAUGGUAAACCGGUACACAAGUGGUUGAAGCAGGUCAUGCGAAAAAAGAAGAUUCUUUUUGUUGGGGACUCUACAGUGGAGGACAUCUGGCGCUUCUGGACGCAGGCAGGUCCUUGGGAUGAACUGUUGAAAUUUGCUAAGGUUCGGGUGGAAUACGAAAGCGUUUGGGGUACAUACGAGUUCAUGUACUCUUCGGAGGAGAAUCCGUUCAUGUGCGAUGUCCGUACCAUGGGCGCUGGCGGCUGGCGCAGUGUUGAUGCUGUUGCUAAGCGGGUUGCGAAGGUCAAGCCUACUGCAGAUGAGUAUAGAGUGUAUGUCGAUAGUGAAGGUGUAGUCUGGCAUGCUCUGCUCAACCAGACGAAUUUACGGCAGAAUAACAAUAAGUAUUUCAAGUUGCAACUACUAGAAGAUGUGAAGACGCCGGGCCACUACAUAGCGUGGUUUCGGUGGGGGCGGGUCGGCUAUACUGGCCAGAUGACCAGUAAAGGAGAUGACUUGAGCACGGCUAAGCAUGCCUUUGAGCAGAAAUUUUCCGAUAAGACUGUGAACGAUUGGCACGCUGUAGCGACUGGUGAGGUGCCGUUCAGCCCUAGACAUAACAAGUAUACAUAUGUGAAGCAGGAUUUCUCGGGAGGACCUGUGGAGAAGCAAGAGGAGGAGAAAGUGAAGGCGGACGUCAAGGUCGAGGAUACUAAGCUGGAUGAGCAGCUGUAUGGUCUGAUAAAGAUGAUAUGCGAUCGCCAAUUGAUGGUGGACCAUAUGAGGGCCUCGGGUGUGGAUGUUAACAAAAUGCCCUUGGGGAAAAUCUCGGAGGAUAUGAUCAAGGCUGGCUAUGAGGCGUUGCAAGCCAUCGAGGAGGAGCUGAGGAAACCCAAGCCAAGUCGGUCUCAUCUAUUGGACCUCAGCGGUCGCUUCUACACAGUUGUGCCGCACGACUUUGGAUUUAAAAAAAUGUACUACUUCAUCAUUGACUCGGAGGAAGUGCUCAAGCAGAAGAUGCAACUACUGGAGGACUUGCAGGAUAUGGGCAAGGCCAGUGAGGUUAUGGAGGAUUCAAGUAUGGCUGUGAAGCAGGAGGAUGUGCUCAUUCCGAAUCCAGUUGACAUGCAGUAUCAAAGGCUUCAUUGCGACCUGGAGCCUCUUACGCCCGAGGACGAAGAUUUCAAAAUGAUAGAGAAGUAUAUGCUCAACACUCAUGCAUCCACACACAACGACUUCACGGCUAAGCCAUCGGCGAUAUUCAGAGCUUGCAAGGCGAGUGAGGAGGGUGAGUGGAGUAAAGACUGUCCCAAAGAGGCCAAGAAGGACCGUAUGCUGCUGUGGCAUGGUUCACGGCUUACCAAUUGGUGUGGUAUCCUGAGCAGUGGCCUCCGCAUUGCACCUCCUGAGGCGCCAGUGACGGGCUAUAUGUUCGGCAAGGGCCUGUACUUUGCCGACUCCUUUAGCAAGAGCGCCAACUACUGCUUCGCCACGCAGAAGAACAAUAGAGGGUUGAUGCUUUUAUGUGAAGUAGCCCUGGGUCGCUCUCGUGAAUAUAACGAAGCAGACGGGCGGGCAGCUUCGAAGCUUGGAAAGGGAAAGAAGGCAUUCUAUUCCACCAAGGGCGUUGGUCGAAGUGGCCCCGAUCCGGACGAGAUGCUGGUUAUGAAGGACGGCCUCAAGGUCCCUCUGGGUAAGAUGAUCGAGCUAGUAUCGGGAGAGAAGGAGAAGCAGUUGUCGCUUCUUUACAACGAGUACAUUGUGUAUAGUACGUGCCAAGUGAGGAUGAAAUACCUCGUGGAGGUCGGCUUCACAUUCAACGACGGUAGCAUGUGGUGAGCAUAUUAACCACGGUCUAGUAUGCAAGUAGUAUCGUGUAGAUUAG